UGAAUUAUACCAAACAUAUAAAAGUAACCCCCCCCCAUUUUUUUUUUUUUUUUUUUUUUUUUUUGCAAAAGAAGCACAAAUAUUGAUAUCGAUGAGCAGUAUUACUGCGUUACUUAUACUUUUCCGAACUUGCUAAAAAAAACGUACGACACCGCUGGAGCAGACAAAGGUGAGUUGCGAUUUACGCUGAGCUUAAACUAAUGGUGAUGACAUAGCCAGUGAUAUUUUUACAAAGAAACUCCACGCCAAAAAAUGGAUAUUUUUUGUUUUUCAUUACAGGGUCCCUACAAGUACAGCACAUAUUGAAGUAUGUCGAUCAGACAUUUUCCUCUCUCCAGGUCUGUCAUUGCAAAUGUACUGUAUGCAAUUGUUUCCAGGCCAAUAUAUAACAAUACGAUUCGUCCUUUAUCUACCAAAUGCCUUUUACAUCAACAACCCCUGACAUCCAUGUUUGCAAAAGCCAACCACUGUGGCGUACAAAGGCUACCUUAUUCAACUCAAGCCUCACCUUUAGAAUUGGAUGACGGUGUGACUGAUGUCCAUGCAUCGACGGCCGAAAAAAAAACCAAAAAACGCUACGACAAAUUUAAAUCCGUGACGAAAAAAACGGUUGACGGUAAAAAGAAAGUUUAUAAUGCCUUGACACAAAAAACAAAGAAGGUGAAACCAACUACUGUGUCCGAAUAUAACCAGCUUAUUAUUUAUACCGUCAUGGAGGAUAGAGUAAAUAAGGCCAUUCUUUAUCUUCGUGAAAUGGAAAGAAGUGGGUUGAAACCUGAUAUCCUGACAUACACCAUGAUUAUCAACGAGUACAGCAAACAAUCCGAUAUGACUAGAGCCAGAAAAUGGGUGACUCGCAUGUUAAAAAAUGGAGUUGAACCAGACGCCUAUAUUUAUACCAGUCUCAUUGACGGUUACAUGCGUGAAGCUAAUUUGGACAAUGCAGAAGCCAUGUUUCGAAUCAUGAUGAAGAAAAAGAUUAAACCGACCUUAGUUACUUACAAUAUACUAAUGCACCAUUCGGUACGUCAAUUAAACAUGGAAUCAGCAUUAAAGUUUUGGGGUAAUUUGCUUGAAGCAGGCUUAAAAUCCGAUGUAUACACCUUUGCCAUCAUCUUGCAUGGGUUAGGAGACGAAGGUCGUGUUGACGAAGCUUGGAGAAUUUUUAAGACAAUGGAACAAGAAAAGGUGGACGUUAAUGAAGUUGUAGCAACAACGUUAAUGGGCAUGCAUGUCCAACAACAUGACAAUGAAUAUGCUGUCCAGUUAUUUAAUCAAUUCUUCACGAGCGAGACUGGCAGAAAACCGUUACCUGUCACCGACCAUACACGCAAUGUCUUGUUAAAUGCCGUUGUAGGCCAGGCAGAUUCAGAGACGAUCAAUAGAUACUAUGAGCUUUACAAGAACACUCAAAUUGAUAAAAAUGCACCCAUCUCCCCUUUAUUUGUCGGUGCAAAUGUUUAUACCUAUACCACUUUUAUGCGUGCUUUCCUUCGUCGUGAUAAUCUUCCAAUGGUUAGCCAAGUUUACGCAGAUAUGGUUGCACGGCAUAUCCAGCCGUCAUUAGUUACUUAUUCUACACUGAUGCUUGCUCAUGCCUAUGUCCCUGAUCCCGAAUCUUGUGUUCGGAUUUUGAAUGAACUGAAAAAAGGUGACGUUGAACUCAAUGCUGUAGUAUAUACCAUUGUCAUGAGAGCUUGGGCAAAAGCUGGCAAAUGGGAAAAAGUGAAGAGUACUUAUGAAAUGAUGAAGCAAGACAAUAUCCAACCUACAAAAUUAACAAUGGAAGUACUUCGUUAUGGAGGCUCUAAAAGUGGCGAAACAUAAUUUUUAUUCCCACAAACACUUGUACAUAUAAAAUUAAAAUAAAAUAAAAAGUAAUUUUAGAUAUUUCAAUGUA